AUGGGGCACAACUUAGACGACGACUACGACUUCCUGUUCAAGGUGGUCCUGAUCGGCGAUAGCGGGGUGGGCAAGUCCAAUCUCCUCUCGCGAUUCACGCGCAACGAGUUCUCCCUGGAGUCCAAGUCCACGAUCGGAGUCGAGUUCGCCACGCGCAGCAUCCAGGUGGACGGCAAGACGAUCAAGGCGCAGAUCUGGGACACGGCGGGCCAGGAGCGGUAUCGCGCCAUCACGUCGGCGUACUACCGCGGCGCGGUGGGCGCGCUGCUGGUGUACGACAUCACCAAGCACGGCACGUUCGAGAACGUGUCGCGGUGGCUCAAGGAGCUGCGGGAGCACGCGGACGCCAACAUCACGAUCAUGCUCGUGGGGAACAAGUCGGACCUGAAGCACCUGCGCAGCGUCGACACGCAGGAGGCGCAGGAGUACUGCGAGCAGGAGGGGCUCAGCCUGAUCGAAACGUCGGCGCUCGACGCCACCAACGUGGACACCGCCUUCCAGCGGAUCCUCGGGGAGAUCUACCGCCUCGUCGCCAAGAAGACGCUCGCGUCGGAAAACGCCGGCGCCUCGGGGCCGGGGCAGGGGCAGGCGAUCAACCUGUCGGCGGAGCAGGAGGGCAAGAAGCCCAAGUCGAGCUGCUGCAGCUGA